AGUGAUACUUUUUUACCUGACAGAAUUAAACUGAAUUCGAGCCAGAAUGUUCCUAAAGAGUCUGUGCCUGAGCAUUUGCCUAUUCCAAAAGAUCAGGCUGACCUGCAGAUGAAUAUUACAUUCAAUGAAGGUUUUGAUCAAAUUGCUGGGUUUGUUCUCUAUGAUAGUGAUCAUUUUUUUCAGUCACAAAGCUUUAAAUCUUCCCUGAAUACCAAGAGAAGAGUGAUCUCUCCUAUACUGUCAAAAUAUCAAGACAUGGAGCUUCAGUUUGCAGUUAUAUCAUUGAAUGAUUCCACGGUGUCCCUCCACAACUUUGCAUGUGUGUUUUGGAGUUACUCCAAAAAAGACUGGAGUACAGAAGGCUGCACGAAAACACAGAGCUUCUCGGGCCAUGUACAGUGCAGCUGUAAAUCUAAUCGGCGUGAAAAUCAUUUGAACUUUGCCAUCCUCAUGACUUUCAAUACAAACUAUCGAUAUUCAGAAGCAUUACAUUGGAUCAGCGUUACCGGCUGUUCUGUGUCUAUAGUGGGUCUGGCUGUCACAGUGGUUUAUCAAAUUGCGACCAGGAAGUCACGAGGGUGCAGCCCUACCCUGCUUUCGGUGAACAUCUGCUUGAGCAUGACGAUUUUCUACCUUCUCUUCAUGUUUGGCAUAAACAAUCGUGUCCAACAUGCAAAAGAAGCAAAUGUUUUUGCAGAAAAUAAAGUUCCUGAGUCAGAUCACAAGCGGUACUCAGACGAGGGUCCCUGCACCAUAUUUACAGCCUUGAUUCAUUACUUUUUGUUGGCCACGUUCACUUGGAAUUUUCUGUAUGGGAUUCAUGUGUUCCUCCUCUUCAAAGCGACUAUUUCUGGACCACCUCCAUGGUUUCUGAAGGUGUCCAUAGCAUUUGGCUGGGGGUUUCCAGCUAUCAUUGUUGGUAUCUCAUUGGGUUUCACUUACAGAAUGGAUGAGCCUUUAGGUUAUCGACAAGAAGAGUUUUGCUGGCUGGCUUCUUUGAACCACAAACAGCAGUUUGAUAUGAGAAAGCCAAUGUUCUGGGCAUUUCUGCUUCCUCUGGUAAUCAUGCUCAUCUCCAACACCGCAAUGUUGCUGCAUUUCUCUCACAACAUCUGUAAGACCAACCCUAAUUUAAACAGAUCACGACAAACUCCUCUGAGGAAGAAGCUUUUGAAUAGCUUUUCUCUGGCUGUGAUGCUUGGUCUGACCUGGGUCACCGGCUACAUUAUGCUCAUCACCCAUGAAAAAACUCUCAACCUCAUCCUGAGCAUAGUUUUCUGUGUCUGCAACACAACACAGGGCAUACAGAUAUUCGUAUUAUUCACACUGAAGUCUAUAUUAAAAUCAAAUCCAGCUGUUCUGAAUGCUGUGAAUGCACCAGACAUUGGCCUUCGCACGAGAAACUUCUUUCUAUGGAAGGUUAAGUCACCGGAAAGCAGAGAAACCUACACACCCACAAAUCCUGACUCUGUCAGACCACCCCAUGUCAUCAAAGAGAGCUCGAGAUCAUUGGAUGUUGAAACUGCUGAUCACAUCAGCAUUAAGGAACAAUGUAAUGAAUAACCCAGGUCUAUUAAAUUAACUGUGUAUCUAAAACAAAAAACGGUUAUUUAAAGUUGCAUCCAUGGUAAACAAAUUUUUUGUGUGUUCUGAGUAAGGGAUAAAUGCAGAAAUAAGCCCCGACAGUGUGAUCGUGGAGGGUCUUGUAUCACACUGAAGGGGCUUAUUUUGAGAUAACAGCCGGCUGCUUGUACAUUAUCAUAUUAUUAUUACAUGGCUACUUGGCACAUAA